AGCUUGUACAUUGGCGACCCUUACCAAGCCAGGUCAUUUUGUGCAUUGUCCAUUGAGGUCUCGAUUGAGGUGCAGUGCAGCAUGGCUAGUUUCUUACUCUCUAAGCCCGAGAUAGACUACAUUGUGGACGGGGUUAACUCAAACUACAGAGCAGAUGGACGAACCUGUAAGGAUUAUAGACAUUUUAAUAUUCAAACUGGAGUUGUUUCCAACACAAGUGGAUCUGCAAAGAUUCAAUUGGAUCGUACAGCUGCUGUAGUGGGUGUGAAGGCUGAGCUUGGAUCACCCCUCCCCAUGUCACCUGGCAAAGGACGACUUGAGUUCUUCAUCGAUUGCUCUGCUCUGGCGAGUCCCGAGUUUGAGAACAGAGAGGGGGAGGAGCUUGGUCAGCAUCUGGCCAGGAGACUAGUGGAGGCCUAUCACAACACAUCGGCUAUCGACCUCUCUCAGCUCUGUGUGAUUCCCGGGCAACAGUGUUGGAUACUCUACGUGGAUGCUUUGGUACUAGAGUGGAGUGGUGGUGUUCUGGACGCCCUCUCUAUGGCUGUAUGGGCUGCUCUCUCCACCACACUGAUCCCUAAGCUCACUGUGACUGGAGAGGGGGAGGAGUUAGAGAUUGAGGUCUCUGAUAAUCCUCAUGACUCCACCAAGAUAGAUGUCUCCAAAGCACCCGUUGUUGUCACUCUCACACAGGUUGGCCGUGAGUAUCUGGUGGAUGCCAGUCAAGAGGAGGAGGCGUGUUCCUCUCUACGUGUUGCCAUGGGAGUGGACAGAGAGGGUCAUGUGACCAGUGCCAACAAGGAGGGCGAUGGUGGGAUCCCCUAUCACAAGAUGAACGACAUUGUCACAUUGGGGGUUGAUGUGGGCAAGCAAGUGUUCCAGCGAUUGGAUUCUCUAGUGCAGAAACAGCUGAGUAGUGAUACUAUGGACACUACCGAACAAACAAUGUUUAGGUGACGCUCAUUUCGACACAUUAUUCAAUAAUGACACUUACAUAGUUCUGUACAUUGUUUUCACGAUGCUAUUGAAACAAAAACAACUUCUCAACACUUA